AUGUCUUUCCGUGAUCUUCCCAACGAAGUCAUAUUCAUGAUAGCAACACACAUCGAUAGCGAAAAGAACAUUUCGUCACUUACCAGAACAUGUAGAUCAUUCCACAAUGUGCUCAAUAACUAUCUUUACGAACGAAAUGUCGACCGCGGAGCCCCGGCAAUAUCCUGGUGCGCUGAGCACGGCCUCGAGAAAAGUAUUGGGCGAUUAUUGAAAAUUCAAGCCCGCAAGAAAUCAAAAAGCUCUCUCCAACAGGUCAAUUCAUUCAAUUUUAUUGAUUCGCCUCUCCGGUCCGCUAUCUGUCAAAACCACGCUCCAAUAGUCAAGCUCCUGCUUCAGUAUGGAGCGGGUGAAAUAAGCGGCUUCCCGAUCUCAACUCCCCUCCAUACCGCCGUUGAAUAUAGCAGUGAGCAGGCUGUGCGAGAGAUCUUGAACCAUGGGUGUGAUAUAGAUUUAAUUGUUCCAAGGGGAGCAGAAACCGCCCUCGUCGUCGCCGUGAGAACGCAAAAGCAAGAGAUUGUGAAACUGCUGAUUGAGCACGGGGCGUGUCUGAAUACAAAGCCACACGUUCCAGCCGAGGCGGCAGAAUGGGAAAGACUUAUCUGGACAACCCCUUUCCAUACCGCCGUUGAUGGGCAAUAUGGAAAUCGUGAGAUGGCAGAGUUGCUCCUUUCACUGGGAGCUGAUGUCAAUGUUCGAUGUGGGGACGGCGGCACGCCUUUGCAUUGGACAACACGCGAUAUGAAUUUGGAUGACUCUCGGUGGCUUUUGGAGAAGGGGGCGGACCCCAAUCUCGUUGAUGAUCGGGGGGAAUUCUCCACUUCAUGUUGCGAUUAA